AUUUGUGACAGUGACUGCUCUUUAACAGGUAGUCAAUUGUGUGAGGUGGAGCUGGGGGUUCAGAAACUGGACUUGACCGGGAAGAGGUGGUUGCAGCUGAGAGCCGGAUCAGAGAUGAACCUCAUCACUGCAGGGAAGACAACCAAACGCACCUGCUUCAGACGGUCUCUGGCUUUCUGUACAGAACGGGCACAGGUAAGGCCAUUGUACGCUGCCACCCACAACCAUUUUAUGCCAUCCAUAGAAUUCUCAUCCCUGAAAAUAUCCAGGGCACAUAUACAUAAAGUGGCUCAGAGUAGAAGUGCUGAUCUAUGAUCCGGUCCCCCAUGUCCAUAUAAUCAUAUUCAUGAUGCUCUAAAAUGCUAAACUGAUCUUAGAUCAGCACUCCUUCUCUGAGAAGCUUUAUAAAUAUGGGUUCAGAUAGCCUACAGUGAAGUUUUGCGGCACAAUGCUGUCACUUGCUGUUUGGAAUGCUAGUGUGUUAUGCUAGUGUGUUGUACUGAAACUACAAAUUGAUUCAUAGUGUGACAUGGGUAGGCCAAACAGAAUUUGUCAAAUUCCUAAGGUGACUCAUUAAUAAAUCAAGGAAAAAACAUCAAAAAGGAAAUGUUUAAUCUUCUCUCCAGUUUAAGGUUGGACACAUUUUCUUCCUUUAUUCCUUUCUUGUCUAACAAAAUGUAUGUGUAACUUGCCUUGAUUCCUGUCGUUAGUACAGAUGCCUGUGUGUUGAGAAGCAAUUAGCCUACAGUACACAUACAUAGUAGUCCUUCCCAGUCUUUAGAUACAAUGACCAGAGGAGCCAGUUCAAAGAUGAGGCCCUUGAUAUCAUUAGCCAAAAAUAACCUCUUCUUGUAGAACUUGAAAGGGUUCUUGGGCCGACCAAAGUUGCUUGACACAUUAUAAACUCUCCUUACCAGUACGAGUUUGUGUUUUAUCUCCUUUUGGCUGGGUCACUGUGACAUUGUGGUGAAGUUGGAGCUCCUGACAGCAUGGGUCUUCUCUAAGGUCUGUACUCAUUUAAUAGGCCUUGUCUCAACAGGGUGGGUUCUUCACUCCGCUAUUGCGACGGACCGCCUCCGCUAAAAACUCAUUGAAAAGAGCCCCUUCCGCCCUAUUUAUUGAGCAUGGCAAGGUGUUUCAGAGAAAGAAG